GAUCCCACUGUGCAGUCGACCCAGCAACUCCAUCAAACAUAGAGCUGCCUGUUUCACGAGUCAUGAGUUCCAUUGGUUACGACCCUUACUUUCCUUCCUCUUCCCACAAGAGGAGGGUGACGCUGCGCAGUGGAGGGUAUGGAGGCAGUGCAGGAGGGAUGGCAUCCAGGUCGGUGUAUUCCAGCCUCUCUGCCCCCCUCUCAUCCCAUGGGUCAUCCCGGCUGCAUUACCCAACAUACAGCCGUAGCUCCUCCAUGCUGCUAUCUGCCUCUGGCUCUGCUGCCACUGCUGAACUGGACAUAAGCCAGGCGGUGCAGGUCAGCACUGAGUUCAAGGCCGUGCGGACACAGGAGAAAGCCCAGCUGCAGGAGCUGAACGACCGCUUUGCCAGUUUUAUUGAGCGCGUCCACGAGCUGGAACAGCAGAACAGGCUGCUGGAUGCUGAACUGCUGAUCCUCAGGCAGAAGCAUGGCGAGCCCUCCCACCUCAGGUCCCUGUAUGAGCACGAGAUCCGCCAGCUCCGUGCUGCUGUGGAGGAGGCCCGCGAUGAGAAACAGGCUGCUCAGAACCACAGGGACCAGAUGGAGGAGGUGCUGCAGAGUCUACAGGGCCGUUAUGAAGAGGAGGUAGUCAGCAGAGAAGAGGUAGAAGGCCGUCUGAUGGAUGCAAGGAAGAGGGCGGAUGAGGCUGCUUUGGGCCGUGUUGAGCUGGAGAAGAGGACAGAGACACUACUGGAUGAGUUGGCCUUCCUGAAACGUCUCCAUGAGGGGGAGAUAGCGGAGCUGCAGGCCCAGGUGCAGUACAAUGCCCAGGUGUCAGUGGAGAUGGAAGUGGCCAAGCCAGACCUGUCCGCAGCCCUCCGAGACAUCCGUGUCCAGUAUGAGAAACUGGCACACCGCAACCUCCAGUCAGCCGAGGAAUGGUUCCGCAGCAAGGUGAGUGUGAUGACAGAAGGCACCACCCGCAACACAGACAACGUUCGCAGUGCCAAAGACGAGGCCGGGGAGUACCGGCGCCUGAUCAAAACACGGAACCUGGAGAUUGAAGCAUGCCGCGGGAUGAACCAGUCCCUGGAGAAUCAGCUACAAGAGAUGGAGGAGAAACAGAGUGCUGAGAUCGCAGCCCUACAGGAAUCAAUUGGCCAGCUGGAGGACGAGUUGAGGACAACUAAGAAUGAAAUGGCCAGGUACCUGAAGGACUAUCAAGACCUCUUGAACGUUAAGAUGGCUCUGGACAUCGAGAUAGCAGCUUACAGGAAGCUGCUUGAAGGGGAGGAGAAUCGCUUCAGUGCUGGAGGACCAGGGGAAAUGUCCAGUGUCUACUCCCAAAGCCUGAGUGUUGCCCCAUCCUACAACCGCCCCAUGUUCUUCAUGCAGUCCAGCCUGAGCUCUGCUGCCCCCUACCUACGCAUGUACAGCUCAUCAUUCUCCUCUGCGGAUGAGAUUAUAGCUGCCAGUCAAGCACAGCCUGCUGAGUCAAGUCCUCAGGAAGAAGAGGGGGAAGAAGAGGAGAAGGGAGUCGAGGAAGCAGAGGAAGAGGAAGAAGAGCAAAAAGCAGGUGAUAAUGGAGAUAUGGAGAAAGAGGAAGCAGGGGAGCCUAAAGAAAAUGGAGAAGAUGAAAGCCAAGAAGGAGGAGAUGGAGUGGAGGAUGGAGCCACUGAAACAGAAGAAGGGGAUGAUAAGGGAGAAGAGGAAGAAAGCAAACAGGAAGUAGAAGUGGCAGAAGAAAAAGAGAAGCCAAAAGACCAAAAUAUUUAAAUCAAGAAUGAAUGACACAUUGUUAGUUCCCUAUCGAGGUGCUCUAUAAAUAGAUCAGUUCAGUACAAUCAAUCAGGAAACCACUGUAUAUACAGCAGAGGCCUUUAUGUUUGAGUUCAAAUAAACAGUAUGGCUGUACACUGAGUGAAGCAGAGCAUGAGUGUAUGCAUGUGUGUGCCUGCAAGGUGCUCUUCAGAACAAUAAAAAGCAAAUACCUGUAUAUGAAAUAUUUCAAAAUAAAUUCAAUAUGAUUGCUUAAUUAUUGGGUGCGAGAAACAAGAGAGAGCAUGUAUGGAGUUUUGUGAGCAAAUACUGUAUUGUAUUAGCCUGUGAAAUAUUUGUUUGAAAAACCUAUGUGCUUUUCUGUCACCACAAUAUGCCUAUAAGAACACCAUUGUGUUCAAUACUUGAUUUGAAAUGCCUUAGACCAAAUCUUCUUUGUGGGAUCCAUGAUGUACUGUACUGAACACAAAUAAAGACAUGAAACAUGAAUUAUUGCAC